UCUGGUAAUUUGUCAUUCACAUGUGCUUGUUGAUCGUGGAUUGUUUCUUAAUUUUAGGAGAAUUAAUAGCACCAGAAGAAUUAAAUAAACUGCACAGGAAUGAAGGUAAAAUCCGUUAAAAAAGCAGCAAAGCGGGAUCUUUCAACAGAAGAUAGUGCGGAGCCACCACCCGUCAAGGCGGCAAAGAAAUCCAAGCUAGAUCUGAAUGGCACAAUGAAUGGAUCCGCCGAAAUGCCUUCAGAUGAUAAACCAACAGUCGAAAAACCAGGGAACACAGUAAAUGUAUCCAUAUUUCAACAUUUUAAGGAGCUAACAAAUGAGGAGGAAGGUAAAAGAAUGAAAGCGGCUCUACAAUUGCUUCAACAGUUGAGUAAAACUAAGGAUGCCGAGAAGCGUCAAAAAGAGUUAUCGUACACGUUAAAACGCCUAGUUCGUGGCUGUGGCGCUGCUACAAAUGCUUCUCGCGCUGGAUUUUACACAGGCUUAGUGGCACUAUUAAAGUCUUUUGAUGAAAAUGCAAUUUCGCUAGAGAAUAUUUUUGAUACAAUGCAAAAGGAGCUGAGUGUGGGUGCUACAGUGGGAAAUAAGGAUGACGCAGACGCUGUUGUUGGCAGAAUAUUAGUGUGUAGCGCCUUGCAACAAGCAGGCCGCUUGGAUAACCUGACAAAUAAUGAGCAUUUAGAGCGUAUUAUAAACACUUUGUUACAAGCUACCAAACAACGUAGUUAUCAUGCUUCCCUUGGUUACGCACUACUCAAGGAAUUGGUGGAGAAGCUUACCGCAAAACAAUUUAGCAACGUAGUGUGGCCAUUAUUGCAAAUUGAAUUGCAACGUCCUUGGCCCAAGCAAACGCUUCAAACUGUUCACUCUCUUAUCGUGGUGCAGCGACUUUUCCCAAAUAUCGUAAACGCCAAAUUUCUAAAAGCGCAUUUCGGUAACUCCGAUCUACUGCAACCCGAAAGUUACGCACAUCUCUAUCGACUUUUCUGGGAGCACAAUAAUAUGCAGCUGUUAACACAUCCAGCUUUUGAAGACUUCGGCACCUAUAUAUCUAAUAGUGCUAACCUAAAAAGUUUUUGGUCUCAACAUGUUGAUGCUGGCCUGGAAACAAGCAAUAAAUUGCGUGAAUUAAUUACAUUGAAAAUUUCUACUGAUGUGCUGAAUAGUUGGCAACAAGGGGAUGCUGGACAGAAGAAGCCAAUAGCUGACUUACUAAGCGCAAAUUUCUUGCACUUGCUGGUGGAAGGUUUAAAAAAUUUAAAACAAAAGAAAGAUGAAACGUUGAAGGCAUUCUACGAUGAUUUCUUUGAAUCCUUGGUCACUUGUUGCGCCAAACUUGCUGACGAUAAACAAACAGUAGCUGUUAUACGCCGUCUUGUACUGCCACCCGGGCUCUUUGGUAUUGAGAAAUAUACCAGUACGCGAGUUGUACAUCAACUAAUCAAUGUACUUGGCGCAGCAGGCGUUAAAGAAGCAUACACGCUCUAUCGUGAUAUCUUUCUCGAUACGCAAACGAAAAAUGCCGACAAUCAAAGUGAGACUUGGCUGAAUUUCGACCGUAUGAAUGCCGGUUAUUUGUUACAGCAACUGCUGGCACACAAGGCCGUACGACAAGAAUAUGACUGGCGCGAACAACAGUUGCGUUUUCUGCUCACCUGUGGCAUAUUUCAUGUCAACGAGUCGGUUGAGAUCUGCAAGAAGGAGGCUGCAUCUCCAUUCAGUAAAGACUUUGGCGAACAAUGCAAAAAUAUGUUUUACACUAGUAUGCAGAGUCGACUGGUUGACUUGCAGCAGGAGAAGCAGUCACUUUUGAAGCUAGUACAAUACUGCAAUGGGCGCAUCGAGCAAAAGCAGGCAGCAAAACAUUUUCGUAUCAAGCAUUUCGACGAAACAUUGCUAAAAUACUGGCAGCAAAUGUAUGCGGCUGUGAGUGCAGAAGAGGCGAGCGGCAAGAAAAAGUUGAAGUCGAAAAACGUAGUUGAUGGUGAUAAAUUGGAAUUGGUUUUCCAAAUUUUGUUGCUGAGUAUGGGUUUGCAAUUAUUCCGUGAGCCGGAAAUGGCUGGACCUGCGAUAGAUGAUUUGCUCAAGUGCAUGCAGCGUGUUAAAGAAAAGCAUAAGCAAAAGAAGAAAACGAAGGAAAGUGAAAAAAACACCGACGGAGAGGAGGAAGAACCCGAAUGGAUUGAGGUCGUGGUCGAUUUAUUCCUACAUUUACUCUCACAAAACGCCGUGGCGCUGCGUAAUAUCGUCAAUGCGCUCUUUCCCCACUUAUGUGAGAGUCUUAAUCUGUCCGCUGUGCAUCAAAUAUUGGCAGUACUAGACAUGAAAGACGGACACAACCCGCUAAGUGCUCAUGGGGAAGAAAGCGAUGAGGAUGAUGAUGAUGAUGAUAACGACGAGGAAGAUGAAGCUAAUGCAAGUAAAGCAGAAAAUGGCAAAAAAUCCGCAUCGAAACUUGCCAACGGCGUUGAAGCGCAUAGUGAUGAAGACGAUGAUGAUGAUGAUGAAGAAGAUGAAGACGAAGACGACGAUGAUGAUGAUGAAGAUGAAGACGAAGACGACGAUGAUGAUGAUGAUGAUGAGGAUGAAGAAGCUACCGCUGCUGACAAGCUACGCAACGCCGUCUCUCAAGCGCUUAUGGUUCAUGGUGGCAUGCCUACUGGCGGCGACGUUGAUGAUGAUAUGGCUUCGAUUGAUUUGAAUGAUAUGACCGAAGAGCAAGGCCGUGAAUUAGACGAAGCAUUGGCUAACGCAUUCAAAGUAUUGCGCAAGGCGGGCAGUGGUGUCGGCGCCUCUGAGAAAAAAUCAAAAAGUCAUCGUGUCAAGGUGACUACUGUGAUGCACUUCCGCAUACGCGUACUCGAUCUGAUAGAAAUCUAUUUGCAACAACAACCACCUCUACUGAUCGCCAUCGAAAUUAUGUUGUCUCUGUACAACAUGAUGCCACACUGCGUGGGUGAUGAGCUGAAGCCACUGCAAAUCAAAGUAGAAAAGGUGCUACAAAAGCUAACCACACUAAAAUGCGACGUCAAGGAUGUGCAGGAGGAUGAGGUGGUUGCCUUCAUACGUUUGAUUGUUGAACAAAAAUCGCCGGCACCUGUUUUUGAGACAAUGAAUAAAAUACGCAAUAAAUGCAUCAUAUUCCUCGUGAAUAGUGCAUGCAAAAUCGCUGCGGGGACAAGCGCAGAGUGCCAUAAAGUACUUGCCUUAUGUGAGGAAUACAUACAGGAGUUUCUACAGUCGCGUAAUCCCAGUGUGAACAUAACACUAUUGUCCGAUAUUUUCCGUCUGCGUUGGACCGGCGUUUGGAAUUUGGCUGUGGCACUAGCACGUGAUGGGCUCACAUUACAAACACGUGCUUUUCGACGCAUACAAAUCUACGAAAUCCUCGAUGUACUUUAUAAGAAUCACGAUUUACAGCGAUCGAAUGUAGAUAGCGCGAAACUGCAACUAAACGCGAUUGAAAGCGCGCUUUGUGGUCACAUUAAAGCGCUAGCAGCUAACACAACAGCUGAGGUGUCGCCUAAGGAGCACAGUUUGCUGCUGCAAUUGCUGUUGCAAGCACAGAAGACACAUCAAAGAUUACGAUUGAAAUCGGCGCUGUCUGAUGUGGAAGUUGGCCAAGCUGUACAAAGCAUGCGCUCGGACUCAUCAGCGUUGCUUAAGCGUUACUGCGCCAGCUACAAACUACCCACAGUAAAUGGAAAAUUUUCGUCCAAAUCGUGUGCAAAGCUUAAUGAGGCAGUUGAAGAGGUGAAAGAGUCGGUUGAAAAUGGUGUGGCGGAUGACGAACAGAAAAAGCGUAAACGCACAAGCGAUAAAGCGCUACGCAAGUUGAAAAAGCAAAAGAAAGAGCAACGUCUGCAGGUCGCCUCCGCGGGUUUGAAUGGUGGCUUCGCGUUUGUGCGUCAGGCGACACCAGAAGGUGAUGAAUCCCCGGAAGAGGAUUAGUGUAUAUAACGAGGUAGAUGGUACGAAACGUUG